CUGGGCUUGGCUACCUGUUAGAACAAAGGAGGCCCAGAGCUUAAAGAGUGGUUGAGGACAUCACCGAAUCCCCUCUACACAGCAGAGAGCAGAUUUAUUUCUCCUCUGUUCCAAUGUUAAAAACAGUCACUGCUAAGAUUCUUCUAUAUUUUUUCACCCAGUGCCCAAUCCACAGACAUUUUAGCAAAGCAGAUCACUGAGCCAUCCCCACAAUACUGUUCUUAACCUGUUUGCCCAUCAUUCCAACCUUCAGAGGCUUGGAGGAGGUGGCAUGAGUAAGGGAAGUGAAGAAGGGGAAAUGGUAAUGUGAGCCAUGAAAGCAAAUCAAGAAGAGUAGGCUCCACGGGGUAUGGCCCGACUGCUUUAAUGAGCAUCAAGUACUAUUUAACCAUAUAGCACACAUCCAAGCAACCAUCAUGUAGGGAAAUUUAUCAGCAUGACUUUAUAGCUCAACAAUAAUAUAGAUAUAAAUAUAGAUGUAGAUACAGACACAGAUAUAGAUAGAUAUAUACACACAUGUCCCUGCCUUCAUAGAGUUUAUAUUCUAGUAUCAUAGAUGAACUGUGAAUACAUGAAAUUAGAUUUCCUGUCCUUCUUCCUUGCCUUAUAUUUGUUCCAGCAUGAUGAAUAGACUAGCAUCAUAAUUGUACUUACUUGUCUUGUAUAUAAUCUGGCAUCCACCCUCCCCUUGAAUGUGAGCUCCAUAGGGCAGGAAUUUUUGUUUGUUUUAUCCACUGCUGAGUUUGCUUAAUGUUCAAUGAAGGAAUGAAAUUAGUAUACAUAUCAAAUCAGGUAAUAAAAAGUGCUACAAAGAAUGGUAAAGUCCAUAAGCUAGCAAGCCAUUCCUAAUUGGUGUAGGAUUACUGGACAGAAUCCUCUGAGGAGAUGACAUUUGAGUAAUAGGAUUAAAAAAGUGAGAGGUCGAGUUCCAGACAGACAUCCACAGGGGCUACUGGCCUCAUAUCUAUCCUUGUCAGUGCCAGGUGCCACUUUUCCUCCCUCCCAGCACUUUGCAAAUCACAUGGAGUUAGAGAAGAAUGAUUCUUCCCUGGGAAAUUAUCUCAAGUUCUAUAUUUCUCAUUUGUAGAUGUGUCUGCUCUGUACAAUGGAAGUUUACACUCUGGGGAAAGCAGGGGUGUUGGUCUUAGUCCUCUGCUGCUUUUCUACUGCCCCACGAUAAGUCUAGACAGUACUAGUAAGGAUGAGGCAGAGGGUUCAAUAUUCCAUGUUUUGAACAUCACCUAGAACACCUUUCUAUCAUCUGCUACAAUUAACAUAAGAGGAAAUGACACAAUCCCAGGCCUGGUGUGGCUGAUCAACACAGCUUCAUAAGUGGCCAGUUUAACACUCUUAUCCUCUGUCCCCUGAGAGAAGGCAUAUCCAGUGGUGUAAAAAAACAAGAAAGGGUUCUUAUCCUCUAUAGAGAUGAAGGAGUCUUCAUCUUCAAGACAGGUGAUCUUGAGGUAGAUUGGAGGUCACCACAUUGAGGUGUGGCCUUGUGCAGAGCAUUGCAGUCGGGGCUUUUCACCUGGUCUUGAGGUUGGAGAUAGUUUCUCAUCCUAACCUGUCUUCCUUCUCUUUGGAGAACAGGACCAUGUGGAGCCAUGUUACCAGUCUUCGAGCUCUAGGUUUUUCAAAAACAGAAACAAGGAGUAAAUGAUGAACAAUCUCUCUGGUGCCACUGAGUUCUGCCUUCUAGGCUUUCCCGGGUCCCAAGAACUACACCACACUCUUUUUGCCAUAUUCUUUUUCUUCUACUCAGCAACGUUAAUGGGAAACACAGUCAUCAUCGUGAUUGUCUGUGUGGAUAAACGUCUGCGGUCCCCUAUGUAUUUCUUCCUUGGUCAUCUCUCUGCCUUGGAGAUAUUGGUUACAACUAUUAUCGUGCCUGUGAUGCUUUGGGGAUUGCUGCUUCCUGGGAUGCACACAAUAUCUCUGGCUGCAUGUGUCACCCAGCUCUUCCUGUACCUUGCUGUGGGGACCACAGAGUUCGCAUUACUGGGAGCGAUGGCUGUGGAUCGUUACGUGGCUGUCUGUAACCCUUUGAGGUACAACAUCAUUAUGAACAGCCACACCUGCAUCUGGGUUGUCAUUGUGUCAUGGGUGUUUGGGUUCCUCUCUGAAAUAUGGCCAGUCUAUGCCACGUUUCAGUUUACCUUCUGCAAGUCAAAUCUGUUAGACCAUUUUUUCUGUGACCGAGGGCAGCUGCUCAAACUAUCCUGUGGUGACACUCUUUUCACAGAGUUUGUUCUCUUCUUAAUGGCUGUUGUCAUUAUCAUUGGUUCGCUGGCCCCAACAAUAGUCUCCUACACCUACAUCAUCUCUACCAUCCUCAAGAUCCCCACAGCCUCGGGCCGGAGGAAAGCCUUCUCUACAUGUGCCUCUCACUUCAUCUUUGUUGUGAUUGGCUAUGGAAGCUGCUUGUUCCUGUUUGUAAAACCUAAGCAAACACAGGCUGCUGAGUACAACAAGAUAGUUUCCCUGUUUAUUUCUGUGGUAACCCCUUUCCUGAACCCUUUCAUCUUCACCCUGAGGAAUGACAAAGUCAAAGAGGCCCUUCGGGAUGGUAUGAAACGCUGCUGUCGACUGGUCAAGGAUUGA